AUGGGCUCCAUUGAUAUCGAAUUAUUCACCAAUGGAGGGUGGGACACUCACCACCACAUCUUCGACACCAGCACAUUCCCUUACUCGCCGGACCGGCAUCUUACCCCUCCACAAGCAACUAUUCAAGAAUACGAGAGUUUCAAGCAAUCCCUCGGCAUCACCAAGUCCGUCCUCACACAUGGCUUGUCGUACGGUAAUGAUUGUUCAUCACUGAAAUCAUUUAUCCAUACCCUGGGACCGGAUAAAACAUACGGUUGUGCUGUCAUCGACGAGGAAACGCCUGCGAGUGAGCUUGCAAGUCUUGUAAAAUCCGGCGUCAGAGGAAUCAGGCUCAACUUGUACGGUUACAACGCCAUGACCGACAUUGAAUUACAAGUUCAGGUGCUGCAGCUUUACGCCCAACGUGUGCGCCAAUCUGGCACAGGUUGGUUCCUCGAGUUUCUCCAGAUCAACAUGGCAAAUUGGGCACCUCUGAGUAAGGUUAUUCCGAAGCUAGGCUUGCAAGUCGUGACCGAUCACCAUGCAUUAUUGAAAGCCGAAAGUAUGCUUCCAGCUGGCACGGAUGUACUCGCACAGCCUGGAUUGGUGGAUAUUGUUGCUUUAUUGAAAACAGGAAACUUUUGGUUGAAGCUCUCUGCGCCGUACAGAAGUUCAACGCAAGCGCCUUACUACGAGGAUAUGAAGCCGUUGGUCAUGGCACUAGUAGAGGCGAAUCCUACGCGAGUACUGUGGGGAAGCGACUGGCCACACACACCUAAUAUGAAAGUGAGGUCGAAGGAAGAGGCGUUGAACGAGACUCCUUUCCAGGAUAUUGAUGACAGGGCUUGGCUGACUAGCCUUCGUACGUGGCUCUCAGACGACCAAUGGGAUCGACUCAUGAAUAAGAACCCGGAAGAGCUGUAUGGCUCAUGA